UCAGGGACUUCUGAAGCAAUUCGCCAGCUGAAAAACAAGCUCACGUGUUAUCAAAAUGAAAAACAUGAAGAACUGGAACAAAAAGGAAAAGGGGAAGCAUGAGAAAUUUAAGAAAAGAGAGAAAUGUGUGGUCAUGUACAACGAUAACGAGCGACAGGAGUAUCUGACAGGAUUCCACAAGAGAAAGGUGGAGAGGAGGAAAGCAGCAGUGGUGGAAAUCCAGACCAAGAUAAAGGAGGAGCAGAAGAGAGUCAAAGAAGAGAGACACAAGGAGUAUUUGAAGUUGCUGCAGGAAAGAAAAGAGGCUCUCGAUGAGGAUGAUGAUGAUGAAGAAGAUGAAUUGGAGGAUGUAAUAACGGGCACAACCGAGUCUGUACAGUACGAUCACCCCAACCAUACUGUUACCGUAACAACCAUCAGUGACCUUGACCUCACGGGGGCCAGCCUCUUUGCGCCAGAAACCAAUCAGGUUACUGUGGAGGAGCAGGAGAAAAUGAGUGCUUUGCCAAAGAAAUCUGGGAAUCCGAUCCUCAAUAAAAAAAUCUGCUCACUGAACGCCUCGCUCCACGCUCACCAGACGCAGCGGAAGGGAAGCAGGAAAGGGAAACAGGAAGGCAAAGAACGAGGCCGGCCAACAGACAAGAAGCCAGGUGCCACAGACAAGAAGGGCAGAAUUGAAAAGAACAGAGUUGGGAGGACCAGCAAGAAGCAAAGACGCAGACUGACUGGGAAGAGGGUACAUCACAAGGACUGAGAGUUAUGAAAAAAUAGAUUUGCAGUGUAAGGGUCUGUCUGGCCUCUUUUUUUACAUUUAUUUUUUUACCUUUAUUUUACAAGGCAAGUCAGUUAAGAAAAAAUUAUUAUUUUCAAUGACGGCCUAGGAACAGUGGGUUAUAACUUCCUGUUCAGGGGCAGAACGACAGAUUUGUACCUUGUCAGCUCGGGGAUUCGAACUUGCAACCUUUCGGUUACUAGUCCAACGCUCUAAGGAUCAUAAGCAGCCAUGAUGGACAUUUAGAGUUUCUAUGGUACCAGUUGGGAAAGUCUACAGAGCAAACAAAUACACAAACUGCACAUAUUCAUUCUCAUUGAAAGCCAAUGUCUGCUCGAUCCAGAGUGGCCGUUUCAAACAUUGUUUUGUUUUAACCAAUUGGACACGACCUGUCUGUUUCCUUUGUUAGGCUCUCUCCUUUCUCCAUGUUUGUUUAUAUGCUAACUGCUUUGGUAUGAUGUAUCCAUCCAAUGUGUAUAUGCUCAAAGUUUGAUUAAAAGAAUCACUUGGAAACCUGA